CGUCCUGUUUAGCGGUUGGGAUUCCCUUAUAUACUUCCAUACCUUGUCCUUUCCCUUUCUUUUGUUCGACGAGAACGAGAGUCCUUCGUAAAAGAUGUGCGCAUGCGCUCGCACGUGAGUCCUUUCUUUUUAUUUACAAAACACACUUGUGGAAUAUGACAUGAUAUGAGCAUUUUGAGAAGGUGUGAGUAAGUGAGUUAUGUAUGCAAGCAUAUACAACUUACUACGCGGUCAUUGAGUGGAUGGUGCGCGCACGCGCGCACCCACGAGUCGUCAUACAACGACCACACCUGUAAGAAUCGAGAGAAAAUAGACGCUUUUUCGUUUGUAUAGAAACGUGGAGGAGAAAAAGAUGGCCGCGUCGUUUAAUCAGCACGCUUCAAACAGACACAACAUUUUAUUAAUCAUUUACAUUUGUUUCUACAUUGAAACGUGUCAUCAAAACGUUCUCAGCGAAGAAAGAAUAUCCCAAGGUAGUAGAUAUUAUAAUCGCGAUGGCGUCUAUGUGCCACCGAAUCCAGCAGGGUACCAGACCUAUAUCUACAAAGAUAGGAGAUAUGGGUAUCAACCCAGCUACCUGGAUCCUAUUUACAGAGGUCCAACCAGGUCUCCUGAGGAUCGUUACCUUUAUGGGGACAUGACACCUAGAACACCAUUGCCAGGAAUACUCGGUGGAUGGCGAAGCGAUCUUCAAGGAAAGGAAAGACGAGACUCGAAGAAUUUAGAAACCGAUAUUUUUGUUACUACUAAUUAUGGACAAGUUCAGGGGUUUAAAGUUUAUUUGUAUGACGAUCCAGAUGCUCAACACAGGCCUUAUAAUGUUCAAGUUGAAAGAGUUACGAAAAAUGUUAACGUGUUUCUCGGAAUACCUUAUGCUAUGCCACCGAUAAAGGAAGGUCGCUUUAAACCGCCGAAGCCUCAUAAGGGAUGGCAACUUUUACAAGCUGUCGACUGGGGUCCAGCAUGUCCUCAACCUAGUUCGUAUACUGGAGUUACGAAAGGAGUACGUGAUGUUGACGAAGACUGUUUAUACUUAAAUAUAUUUUCACCUGAUAUUGGUUCAGGACUUGCGCAGCCCUAUCCAGUAAUGCUUUAUAUACAUGGAGGUGAAUUCACCCAUGGUGCAAGUAAUUUAUUUCCAGCACAUAUAUUGGCAGCUUUCUAUGACGUUGUAGUCGUAUCAAUAAAUUACAGGUUGGGAGCACUUGGAUUUUUAAGUACUGGAGAUGAAAAUAGUCCAGGAAAUUAUGGUAUACUAGAUCAGGCAAUGGCAUUACGAUGGGUUUAUGAUAAUAUCGGUCAUUUUAAUGGUAAUCCUAAGUCUAUAACGUUGUUUGGACCUGGCGCUGGUGCAGCUAGUGCAGGUUUAUUGAUGGUAGCACCAAGAACACGACAUAUGGUUUCAAAAGUUAUUGCACAAUCGGGGUCAGCGUUAGCCGAUUGGGCAGUAAUAAUGGAUAAAUAUAGAGCACAAAAUACAUCAAGAGUGUAUGCAGAAAUGCUUGGUUGUAGUAUAGAGAGCAGCUGGAAAUUAGUGCAAUGUUUGAAAGAUGGUCGGAAUUUUUUUGAAUUAGGAAACUCGGAAUUAAAGCCACAUGUAGGAAUGUUUCCGUGGGCUCCUGUAUUAGAUAUUAAUUUUACAGUACCACGUGAUAAUUUAUAUAUAGAUUGGAAAGCUUCCGAUUGGCGUUUCUUUGCAGAAACUCCUGAAGAAAGUAUCACAGCUGGAAAAUAUAAAGAAGAUUUUGCAUAUAUGGCAGGUGUUACUACUCAAGAAGCAGCUUAUAUUUUGUAUAACAAUGAAACUUUAGCCAGAAACAAUUAUAUAAUAGAUAAAGAAUUGUUCGAUCAAAAAGUUUGGGAAUUAGUUCUGCGUUAUAACUACACUCUUAAUCCACAAGGUGUUUAUGAAGCUAUAAAAUACAUGUACACGUAUUGGCCAGAUCCAUUGAAUGUCACACACAUUCGUGAUCAAUAUAUAAAUCUUUUAUCUGAUUUUCAUUACGUUGCACCUUUUGAUAAAAUAGCUAAAUUAUUAGUAGAGAAACACGUGCCUACUUAUUUGUACGUUUUAAAUACGACUACAGAAGCCUUUAAACUGCCACACUGGAGACGAGUACCUCAUGAUACGGAAUUACUUUGGCUAACUGGUGCACCUUUUAUGGAUGUUGAAUUUUUCCCUGAGAAGUGGAGACUAAAAAGGGAUAUGUGGACUGAUAGUGAUCGUAAUAUGAGUCGUUUCUUUUUGAAGGCAUAUUCUAAUUUUGCACGAUAUGGGCGUCCAACUCCUUCACAGAUUUUGGGAUUACAUUUCGACGUUGCUAAAUAUGGCCAACUAAAAUAUCUAAAUAUUAACACAACAUUCAACAGUUCAAUUUUGAUAAAUUAUCGUCAAACCGAAAGUGCAUUUUGGUCAAUGUAUUUACCAACGGUUAUCGGUAGACUUGUUCCAACGUAUCCACCUGUUACUGAGUACUGGUGGGAGCCUAAGCAACCUUUGCAAAUUGCAUUUUGGUCGAUGUCAACUGCCUGUUUAUUACUGAUAGUAGUGUCAGUAGUUUGCUGUAUGCUUUGGCGUAAUGCCAAAAGACAAUCUGAUCACUACUAUAGCGGAGACAUCUUGAUGAUACGAGAGGAUGAACAUUCAUCGGAAGGAAUUGAGAAUUUGAAUCGUGCUUCCAAAGAAAAUAUUUAUGAGUAUAGAGAUCUACCGCCGAAAACAAGAGUACCACGACAAAAUGAAGCUAGAUUGCAAGAACGUUUAGCGCACAAUAGAAAAUUCAGUUCUACGCCAUCGUUAAGAAGUAAUUCAAAUGUAUCUUUAAAAGAUAUGCGAUCGGAAGGAUUUGUUACGAGCUCACCAAAUGGUAAGCCUAAACUCAAUAAAGCUGCGAGUCAAUCUACACUGCCUAAAAGUAAAAGUAAAACGCAUUUGGUACAAGGUGUACCACAAACAGCCGUUUAACCAGAAUAGUUUCGACAAUGCCGGUUUUAAACAUAUUAUAAUAUAUAUAAAAAUAAUCUUUGAAUUCAAAAUUCAGGAUAUUUAAAAAAUUAAAGAUCUAAAGACUAUUUAAGAGAAAAUUAAAGAAAUAUUAUCGGAAAAUAUGAACACGCAUGAUGUGCCAUAAGAACCUUCUCAAGAUGCAGCUGUUAAGAACUGAUGUAAUAAUAGCUAAAAAAGAAUACUUUUUAUAAAGGUUCUAACAUCAAUUUAUGGUACUUGAUAAGAAUGAUUAAAAAUGUUAUCGAAUACAAGACAUUCCUUAGAGAAUCAAAAGAUUAAUUUUACCAUUAACUUUUACCAUUAUUUAGUAAGAUAUAGUAUUUUAUAUACACUUUGCAGAAAAAUAUCAUUAUCUUGACUGCAAUUUAUCCGUCCACUAUAUUCUAGAAAUACGUGUAGAAAAAUGUAUGUAUAUUCUGGUACACAAUGUAUAUAUCAAAAGGUACUUCAGCCUAAUUAUAUGGACGUAAUAAUAUAUGUCCAAUAAUAAUUAUUGAAAUAUUUCUAUCUUGUAAAAAAGAUUA